GACGCACAUAGGGAGCCUCAAGUCAAUAGUUCUGAAAAGCCGAAUGUCGCGUGGAAUACGAAAAAGACGAGAUGCACGGAAAAGGGAGUAACUGUGGUUUUGUCGACAUAAUCAGAUUAUCAUAGCGUUUUAACCAAGUUUAUCAUUUUCUGUUAUUCUCAUGACAGCGACUGUCAUUUUGAAAAAAAAAGUCGCUUAUUAGAGAUGUCUGUUUUUAUAGAUCUUAGUGAUCUGUGAGCUUGCUACGUGGUUUGUUUUAUUCGCCGUUUCUCUUUUUGUGCUUGUCACUCUGAAGUCGUUGGAUACAGAGAUAGCCAAGUUGACAGACCACUUGUUGAAAUUUCUGAAAACUUCGCUCAGUUUUCGAUGCUCAGUAACCUACAAAUGGAAAUAUUGGCCUUACUUACAGAGUUCUUAGGGAAUGCAUGCACUGCGAAUUCUAUUUCUACAUUAACGGAGUGGUUUGCUAUUUCUGAAGAGACGCGGGCCGAGAGCUAGUUUGUUAGCUAACUCCGACUAGCUUGAGUGGUUUAAUCAAACCACCAAACUUGAAGUCGCUUCAGUUCAGCUGGACUCUGCUAUCAUAUUGGAUAUGUGCAAAUAUUCAAAGAGUUGCUAAACUUAUCGAGCUAGCAAACCAAAUAACUUAAGUUAGCAGGCGCUGUAGGUAACUCGGGAGUUGUUAACUAAUAACUAAGUUUAUCAACAGCUAGCUAACGAAGCCGCUUCCUUUUAAACAUUAUUAAAAUCUAACGAGACCGUAAUAUUAUCAUAUUUAGCAACGUAUCGACAUGAUUUGUUGUUUUCUGGUUUGGCUGUCCGAGAUAACUAUUGGGUAAGUUUUAAUAUUGAUAUGCGAAAAGGGAAAGGAUACAAACAGCAGUGAACGAAGUGCUUAAUUAGCGUCAUCAAACACUGGUUACGAGUCCUGUUUUUUCAAUAAUAAUUUUUAAGUUGUAGACGGCGGGUCUGGAUAACUCACCAGAGGGGAGACGUGUUGUGAAAAGACCAUCAUAUUUGCUAAACACAUUUUUUUCGAUCUGAUUAAUCGUUGGCUUUGGAAGAUCUGCCCUUUUUGUUGCCUUUUCGACCAACAGCUUGACAAUAAACGCCAGUUAACAGCCCAUUUGACAGUUCGUACUCUUGUCACAUAUUUACAAAAGACUCAGACAUCAGUCUCCUCCUUGGAUUCUUGGAAAUGGGCAGGCAACUGACAUAUCCCUGAUUUUCUUUGAGAGCCUCUGUGUUAACGUCUUCUUAAGGCAAACUUCUUAGCGAGCUACAUUUUUGUGGCCUACACAAUGUCUGGAUCCACGGGCUCAAGUGGGUCCAACCCGCGGAAGUUCAGCGAGAAGAUAGCGCUGCACAACCAGAAACAGGCGGAGGAGACCCGGGCCUUCGAGCAGCUUAUGACAGACCUUACCGUCUCAAGGGUUCAGUUCCAGAAGAUUCAGCAGCUCCGCUUAUCUCAGAGCCGAGCUCAGUACUAUGGGGGCUCUCUUCCAAACGUCAACCAGAUUGGAAAUACCAACACGGAUUUCCAGGGUGGCUUUCCCUCUGCCCUGGACAGCGUAAGAGGGACCCGGCACCACGGCCUGGUUGAGAGAGUCCAUCGAGACCGUAAUCGCAUCAACUCGCCCCACCGCAGACCUACUGACAAACACGGCCGGCAGGUGGAGAGCUCUCCGUAUGGAACCGUGUACCUGUCACCUCCACCUGAUAACAGCUGGCGAAGGGAGCAGCAGCCCUGGACUGAAGAGAAACGGCCCGGAUUUAGAUUAAUAUCUCAGCUCAACAGAACCAACUCUGACUCGGCACUGCAUACCAGCGCUUUGAGUCCAAACCCACAAGAUCCGUUCAAUAUCAACCAGCAGAUGGGCCGAGGACCCCCACAACGUAACGCGAGUAUGACAGAAGGAGAGGUGGAUGGUUCGGGAGAUGUGUUCUCCUUCCCUGCCAUGCCUAAUGAGGAAGGUGUGAUCGGUGUGAGUAAACCGCUUCCCAAACAGCUCUGGGAGGCCAAGAAGGUGCAGUCUCUGUCCUCACGGCCGAAAUCCUGUGAAGUGCCUGGAAUAAAUAUAUUCCCCUCUCCUGAGCAGAACAGCGGGCUGUCACAUUACCAGGGCUCGUUAAAUACAGGCGGCUCUCUGCCAGACCUCAGUAACCUGCACUUCACGGCCCCCUUGCCCACCCCACUGGACACCGAUGAUGCCACAUACCCCAAUCUGAGUGGCGGCAGCAGCACAGGCAAUUUGCCGGCAGCUAUGAUGCACCUGGGUAUCGGAAACUCCCAGGGUCUCUCGUCCUCUCUCAGCAAUCCCUCUAUCCAGGCCUCUCUCAACAACUCUCAGCUACACUCGUCCCUGAGCAAUCCCUCCAUCCACUCAUCUCUGCGUCUCACUUCACUGUCCAAUCCUCCACCAGGGGGCAUAGCAAGUUCCCCCCGCCGACGACCAGCACCCAUCAGCCCUCUCACCCUGUCUCCAGGCUCGGAGCCUCGUAGAGGGCUGAGCAAACAGCUCUCACCAACCAUGUCCCCCUCCUUAUCCCCAAUUACACAGGGCGUUGCCUUAGACACCAGCAGCUUGCCAAUGGAGCCACCCCCUCCUUACCCACUGUACUCCCCCUCCCAGCAGCCACUGCAGCAACAACAACAACAACAACAACAAUCCCAUCAGCCCAUGCAGCCAGGCUCUCAGCAUGCGGUGGGGCAGGGGCAGCGGCAACCACAGGGAGCUCAACAGCAGCAUUCUCCAGUGUCCCCACUGCAUAACGUCCCCCUGGAUUACAAUUCCAGCACUCAUAACAACAUGGGAGCAUUCUUUAACGACCCCUUCAUGGAUCCUCAGUUCUCUGGACGGCAACAGAAAUGCUCAUCAUAUCAGCAGGACCAGUAUAAUAUUUUGGAGAAUGCCAUGAUGUCUAUGGUGGGAAAUAUCGACCCUUCAUCCAAUCUCUACACCUCCCAGGCUUCCAUGAUGGGGCUGGGUGGUAGCCAUGGUAACCUGCACGACCCCCUGCAGAUGAGACCCAACAUGCUGUACUCUAACUGUGGGGGUGGAGUGCCCAACAUCAUCCUCACUGACGAGUCACACCAGGGUCUUUCUAAGGAUGUCAGCGGUGUGCUGUCUUCUGUGCCUGAGUGUUUUGACUCAGAGGGAGUUUUCCCGUUGGAGGAUGAGCUACGCAUAGAACCACUCAGUCUGGAUGGUCUGAGCAUGCUCAGUGACCCUGAUAUGGUUCUCCCUGACCCUUCAGUGGAAGACACCUUCCGCAGCGACAGACUCUAAACAUCAGCAUGUUGCCAGCUAUGCUAACACACAUGUUCUCUCUCUCUCUCUGAUGCGCACACACACACACACACACACACACACACAGAUAUACGCACUUUCUGUUCCACACAAACACUCUAAAAUACAGUUCAUCUUUACACCUACAACCCGCUCAAAACAAUUUUGCUUGACACAUACAAACAUUAUUAACAGUAAAAUGUGAACAAAUAUGGAAUGAUUUUCAAUGUAUAAAUGCACACACAUCAGUUUAAAUGUACACACAUACACAUGUGUACAGAAAACUAAUCUACCACAUAUAAGCCCUGCUUUCAUCUGGCUCGUAGAUGCAGUGUGUCUCAGGGCUGUUACGGUACAAUGCGUGGCCCACCUGCCAAUGGAGACUAAGAUGACCAUGCAUGUGGAAAUGUAUGCAACACCUGUUCUGGAUCUGUGAAUAAAAUAAGAGGAUUUCAUAUGUAAAUGUGUGUGCGCGCACACACACACACACACACAAACAUUAACGUUGUUCAUAGAGGCACUUCACAGUAACAGUCACCUGGUUUUUUUGUCAGAUGUAAUUUUGAAUAGCUUUGGCAGGAUCUGAAAUCCCUUUGCUCAUGUUUGUCUCUGAUCCUCACAUGGCCGACGUGUGUCAUUGUGCUUACACUGCUGAUCUCUCUGUCACGGUCCCCCUGUCGCUUAUCUCUGGCAGAGCAAUUGAACCAAAAGGAAAGCGUAACAUUUACUUUUAUGGUCCGUGCGGACCUUAUCCAUCAGCCCAAUAAGCAGUAAGUCGGUAGUUGUAGAGCUUUUCUGACGGAGAGAAGGUCAGAGGCGUGUUUGCCAGACGCAUGCAGCCCGGGUGGAUUCACAGGGCUGUGUUCUCAGCAUGUUCUUGGAGAGAGAGCACUCAUUUGCCGUGUGAGAUUGAACAGAAGGACUCAGCAGCCGGCCUGGCAGCCGGUUCCCCCGCGUCAGGAGCUACCAGCGAACUGGGCUGAACCAGCACCAGCACCAGCAACGACUGUCGGCACAGGUCCGAUGUGCCCCAGCCUGCCAUCCUGCCUUAGAGCACUACCAGCAGCUUCACAGAGAGAUUCACCGUAAGAGAUUUCCCCUAGUGGCCAGUCCCCCGUUCAGAUCACUUACAACAGCACACGCAGUCCCUCCGUGAACCACGAACAUGGCUCCAAUGUUGAGGGUUUUCUUUU